AUGGUUCGAGUAUGCAGGGUUGUUCCUAAAGAAUGGACAAAGUACGAGCCCCUGGGCAAAGUUAUUCCUCGUACACGGUUUCUAGUUUUCAAAACGCCAUUGAAUGAACGACUUCUGACUAAAGUCAAGCCAGAGGAAAGAUUCACUGUUACCGAUUUAAUGUGGAAGGUUGCGGAACUAGGUGGACGCCUUGGUUGUGUAAUUGAUCUCACUGAUACAGAUAGAUAUUAUGAUAAAAAAGAUGUAGAAGGGUUAUGUAUUCAAUAUACAAAGAUAAAUUGUCCUGGACGAGGUUUCAUCGAAAGUGAAGAUCAUGUUGAAGACUUCUUCCAAUCAGUCGAAGAUUUUUUACAAAAUGCUGAAGAUGCUGAAUGUUUAAUUGGAGUUCAUUGUACACAUGGUGUGAACCGAGGUGGCUAUUUAGUCUGUAGGUUUUUAAUUGAAAAAUAUGGUUGGUCUUCUCAUGAAGCCUUAUCAGCAUUUGAAGAAGCUAGAGGUUAUCCUAUUUCGAAUGCAUCCUAUAUACAAGCAUUGCAUCGAGCAGCUACUCGUAGAAUAAAUGAUUCUGGAAGUGAUGAAGAAGCAAUUAGAAGAAAGAAGAAGAAAGCUAAACGAAAGAGAGAAAGAAGAGAACAUGAUGAGUCGAAGCAUUUAGAACCCAUGAUGCAGCAGUUUAUAGGAAAGAUUGAACAGCAGGCUCAAGUGAUGGAAUCUAAUUCUGUAUAUGAUACAACUGCUCCUGUUCCAAGUCCUUAUUUGGAAGAACCACCCACACAUUGGGCAUAUCAACACACUAAGCGUCAUAGGGUUGAAGAAAAAAUUGAUACGGCUGACGAGCACGUGGAAUAUACUGAAGAAGCUGAAGAAGGGGAAUAUAUGGAUGAUGAAGAGGAUGAAGCUGGAGCAGAAGGCAGUGAAGAAGUUACAUAUUCAAAAUCACAGAAACGACGUCAUCGUAAACAAAGAAUGAUGAACAUGCUACAUGUCAUGAAAGGAGGAAGUUUCCACAAAAUUCAAGAAGCUCGUGAAGAAUAUUUCCGGGAUUUCACGGAUGGAAAGCCUGCUGGACCUCAACCUCAAUGA